AUGAGGUUGCCUCUGCAGCUGAGCAUUCUAACUCUCGCCUGGGUCUGGGCCGUGGCUCUGGAGAUUCCCAUGAGCGCUGUGGUGAAGGAGACCUUGAUACAGCUGUCGGCUCACCGGGCUCUCUUGACAAGCAAUGAGACAGUGAGGCUUCCUGUUCCUACUCAUAAAAAUCACCAGCUGUGCAUUGGGGAAAUCUUUCAGGGGCUAGACAUACUGAAGAAUCAAACUGCCCAUGGGGGUGCCGUGGAAACGCUAUUCCAAAACUUGUCAUUAAUAAAGAAAUACAUUGACCGCCAAAAAGAGAAGUGUGGUGAAGAGAGACGGAGAGCACGGCAGUUCCUGGAUUACCUGCAAGAGUUCCUCGGUGUGAUGAGUACCGAGUGGACAAUGGAAGGCUGA